CUUAGCCUUCUUUCUGUAUCAUCUAUAACGUGUCUACGUGCCCUUGUUUUCCUCCGCGACCUCUACCAUCCAACCACAACAGCCCCCAAGACGCUGCCUGACUGUCUAUGCGUGCUAUCCCACUUGCAGCUGCCCACGUCGACUUUCCCCGUGCUUCCGACGCGGCCCUGGCGUUUUUUUUUUUCGUCACGGUCCCGAUCCAGCCCAACAACUCUUCGUUGUCAUCCACCCCUGUCUAGACGACAUCACGUCCUCCCCAGUCGGCCUUCCUCGAGGGCCAAUCCUUGGGUUUGCCUCGUCGGCGCCUAACCCACCCCUCUGACCUGUCCCGCGUCCUCGAAUCGCUUCUCACCCGGGACGGGCCUCGCUUCUCGCGUCGGGAUAUAUAACCUCGCCAUUCCUCUGCCCGUCACCAUCCCGCUUCUUUCGGCAGUCGGUCCUCAGCAACAAGCAGCCAUCCUGCCUUCCCCAACCCCCCUAAACCACCCUCACACACCUCACAACCGCCGACACCAUGCCCUCAUUAACAAGGGUUCCCAGCUCUACCAAGAGCACCAAGAGCUCUACCAAGAGCUCCAAGAGCUCCAAGAGCACCUCGACCCGGGACUCCCAUGGCACCAGGAGUACCGAGUCUUAUGAGAGCAGCAGCAGCAAUGCCACCACCAUCGCCAACUCGGUUCAUGGCUCUCAUGUCAGGACCGCAAAACCAAGCGGCCCUACCACCAAGCCCGUAGUUCAUCAGCAGCAGCCUCGCCGGGAGCCUCAGCACAUCACGGAUGAGUACCGGGAGGAUUGGUGUGAUUCCUCUUAUGAGGAUCUCUCCCCUGGCACCUGCGUGCACCCCCGCGACUCUGUCGACACGUACGCAUCGACCAGCCCGUCCCAGGCCAACCUGGUGGAUGAGGAGGACGAUGAUGCCCACUCGCAGCGGUCCAGCGGCCACGAUGAGAUCCCGCCCCUGCCCCUGUACCGCCACGAGGUUGUGGAGCCCAACGUCAGACCCACGACUCCCAACGAGUUUGCCAAACUCUUCCCCAGCCUGAACCGGCUCUCGAUCCGCCACGACGAGUUCACGUCUGAUGGCAACAUGAACCUGCGUGUCGACACCCCCGUCCGCUCUAGCCGCCGCAGGGGUGCAGCCCAGCUCUUCCACCUGCGCAUGUACGAUCUCGCCCGCCGCGAGUUCUCUCUGCGCCGCUACUGCCGCGACUCGGGCCGCGAGGUCUGCAACUCUAAGCGCAAGUUCGCCUCGCCCGCCACUCCCGCCUCCUCCAAGAAGGACGGCCGGGAAGCCGCGGCCUCGGACUCGAGCUGCUCCACCUCCUCUUCGGCUGCGAUGCCCGCCGAGAAGCGCCAGGAGGCUGCGCGCCCGUCGCUCCCCCGCGCCGUGAGCAGCGCCUUCAAGAACUUCUCGUCCCGCCCCCAGUCCAAGCGUGUGCAGUCCAGCCCCGCCACCGCCACCAUGGCCGGCAGCAAACGGCCCGGCUCAAGCGGGAGCUCCUCGUCUUCGGACCACGAGCCCCCCUUCUGGGGUGCCGCGGCCAAGAAGACGGCAACCCCAGCCCUUCCCACCAACAUCAUCAAGCUCGAGUUCAGCAACUACGCCCGCAUCGAGAUUGAGCGUCGCGGCAAGUCGAGCUCCGACUCGAAGCGCUACGACUUUGAGUGGUGGGGCCAAAAGUACUCGUGGAGGCGCACGACGGACAAGCACACCGGCGCCGUGUCCUUCCACCUAGUGCGCGAUGGCGGCGCCGCCAAGAAGGGCGACUCCACGGUUGUCGCCCAUAUCGUGCCCGAGACUCGCUCCCCCAUCCAGGUGGCCGAUGACGAGGAGGCCGGCGGCUGGGUUCCGCCCUGCCACAUGUGGAUCAACGACGAGAGUGUGCUUGACGCCAUGACUGACGUUGCUGACGUCAUCGUGGCCACGGGUCUCAUCGCUCUCGUCGACGACUGCAUCAAGGAGCGGUGGCAGACGCCCAAGAUGCACCGCAUCCCGCUGACGUCGCGGACCGUGAACCUCGACUCGGUCGGGCCCAAGGCCUUCAUCCGCCAGGUCUUUGGCCGGAGGAACUCGGCAGGAUCCACGUCGCCCUCCAAGCCGGCUCCUCACGGAGAAAAGUACGGCAAACACGAAGACGGAUAUGGCUACUCCGGCUACGAGCACGACUACCAGCGGCACAGACACGCCGUCCCCGUCCCAGCCUACUGAUCGGGUGCACUCCCGAACAUUUUUACUCAUCUGACGACACCAACAUUCACCAACUGUACCAAAUUGUCUAAUCUUGCAUUUCCUUUAUCGGCUACACGGCGUUUCCUGGCUUCGCCUCGCACAUUUCUUUUUUCUGUUUUCCUCCAGAUACUCUCCACGCUUUGCUGCGUAUUUCUUUCAGCGUCGAGGGGGGAGUAUCCGGAGUGGAAACUCUUUGGACACCCCUCCUGGUGUGAGCGAAGCGGAAACGCAGAUUGACACCAAAGUCGCCUUACAACAGCGGGCAAAAACAGCGGCAACAGCAGCAGCUAUCCAACAGUUCUCACAGGGAGCUCGGCGGUGAAAGGCGGGCCAUCCCACCGUUUUCUUUUCUUUUUCUUUUUCCUCUCUUUGACGGUUACCAAAAAGCGAACGUGGGCGCUCGGGUCUGGCUUUUUUCCUUGUGCUUUCUCUCUUUUUCUCACUCAUCUCUGUCAACCCCGCACUAAUGCUUGUUUCUUGUUUUCAUGUAACAACGGCCUUAAUGACUCAUUUCUACUUUGUACCGGAUUUCUUUGCCGUCUUGGGGGCUUACACUGGACCAUGGGAGUUUUUUUUAUUUUUCAGGAGGAUAAUCUGGCAUACUUGGCCCGGGAGGAUACUGGUUUGACUGAUGGGCACGCAGGCGUCUGGGAAGGUCUCAUUCUUGCUCAGGCACGACACGACAGGGGUGAUCGUACACCAUCACCACCAUUUCUUUUGUUUUCAGUUUCUUUUUCUCGUCAACUACCUACCACAUACUCUACUCGUCCUCUCUGCGGAGGGGCUCAGCAAACUACAAGCAAACACACAAAAAAAUACGAGAAUUUGAUCCAUUCAAGCUACGCACAGCCUGACGCCUCAUGUCCCGAUGCCUUGAACCGAGACACACUACCUACUACGCUAACUUG